ACAAGGGAGGGAUCACGGGAGAACUGGCCUGUUACACUCGCUCGUUGCCACCCGCCGGCCCGUUUGCCCGUGCUCUCAACAUACCACCUCUUGCACCGAGCUAGCCACUGGCUAUCUAGUUAUGGACUCUGCGGCGGCGGCGGCGGCGGCGCCACCUCUCCUUCUUCCUCCUCGGACCAAGAAGCCCACGACGGCGCUCCUCCUGCCAUUGCUACUGCUCGCCGCCUCGCUCGCCCCACGCCCUUCAUCCGCUGACGGGGUGCGCUAUGACUACAAAGCUUACACUGAAUGCAAAGGCCACCCGGAGCCUGCACUGUACAACGGCGGCAUCCUGCGGUGGGCCAAGAAAAUCAAGGACUUCAGCACGGCGGACGAGGGCAACUACUCGCCGUCCUUCGUGCUCUACAACAUGUCCGCCGGCAUGGCGUACAGCUUCUCUUGCUGGGUGAAAUUCAAUGGGCCAGGAACUAUCCACGUGAAGGCCAAGAUCCUGUCACUGGACAACGCUGGAUCACAGUGCCUGGGCACGGCUCUGGUGCGAAACGACUGCUGGUCAUUCCUCAAGGGCGGCUUCACGCUCAACUCGCCGUCACAGACCUCCGUCCUCUAUUUCCAGGCAGCAACCGCAAAUGCGUCCAUGGUCUCGAUCAGAAGCGCCUCGCUGCAGCCGUUUUCGCCGGAGCAAUGGAGCCAACACCGGGAGGACCGCAUCCAGCUGAUCCGCAAACGCUUCGUGAACGUGCACGUGUCGGACAACAGUGGUGGCCGCGUCGUCGGCGCCAAGGUCGCCGUGCACCAGAUGAGCAGAGAUUUCCCCUUCGGCUCCGCCAUCAGCAAGACCAUACUCGACAACAAGCCAUAUCAGGACUGGUUCAAAAAGCGGUUCAAUGCAGCGGUGUUCGAGAACGAGCUCAAGUGGUACGCGACAGAGCCGGCGCCGGGGAAGGAGGACUACGCGCUCGCCGACCAACUACUGCAGUUCGUGCAGUCGAGCGAUGCGGUGGCGCGUGGCCACAACAUCUUCUGGGAGGACCCUAAGUACACCCCGUGGUGGGUCAAGAACCUCACCUCCGCCGACCAGCUCCGCGCCGCCGUGGCGGGGCGCAUCGAGAGCUUGCUGUCCCGCUACAAGGGCGACUUCGUGCACUGGGACGUGAGCAACGAGAUGCUCCACUUCGACUUCUACGAGUCCCGGCUCGGCCGCAAUGCCACCACCGACUUCUUCCGCACCGCCAAGCGUGCCGACCCGCUCGCCACGCUCUUCCUCAACGACUUCAACGUCGUCGAGGUCUGCGACGACCUCAGCUCCAGCGCCGACUCCUACGUCUCCCGCCUCCGGCAGCUCGCCGACGCUGGCGUCACCUUCGAGGGCAUCGGCCUGGAGGCCCACUUCGGGAGGCCGAACAUCCCCUACGUCCGCGCCGUGCUUGAUAAGCUCGGCACGCUCCGCCUCCCCAUCUGGCUCACCGAGGUCGACAUCAGCAACGCCCUCGACGCCAAGACGCAGGCGGCGUACCUGGAGGAGGUGCUGCGGGAGGGGUUCGCGCACCCGUCCGUGGACGGGAUCAUGCUGUGGACCGCCAUGGACGCCAACGCCAGCUGCUACCAGAUGUGCCUCACCGACGGCAACUUCACCAACCUGCCCGCCGGGGACGUCGUGGACCGGCUGCUCGGGGAGUGGCAGACCAGGGAGGUGCUCGGCGCCACCAACGACCGGGGCUCCUUCAACUUCAGCGCCUUCCUCGGGGAGUACAAGCUGUCCGUCACCUACCUCAACUCCUCCGCCGAGGGCACCUUCUCCCUCGCCCGCAGCGACGACACCAAGCACAUCACCAUCCGCCUCCAGCCAUGAUUCAUAUCAUGCAUGCAUACGUAACGAGCUUUUGUAUUUACUACAACUUGACAUGGAUUUAUAGCAUAUCAGAUGCCACGCAUAUUUAUUCAAUUGUGUUGACGUACAAAUGCAUAGCCCACUUUGUCCCA